AGUUUUUGACAAUAAAGGUAAGAUUUUUAGCAAUGUUUCACUUACAGAACUUCUUUUGGAUAUAUUUGAUAUAAUACCUUGAACUGCCAGAAAAUUUAGGAGUUUCUGUGUUGAAACCUGAAGAUGUGCUUGAAGUAUGACUGGGUUUUGAGUUUGAGAGUGGGAAGUUUUCUUUUGGGGUUAGAAAGAUGGGCAUGAUAUGGGAAAUUGUCAAGUCGGGUAGUGAAAAAGUUGAGGGUUUUAAGCGUCUGCCAAGGUCAAGUGAAGUUAUGGCGUCAAUGCUUAUCCAAGCAAGUAUGUUUAAAGAAGUUGAAUUGUUGGUUUUGGAGGUGGAGAGGGAAGGAAUUUUGUUGGAUAGUCAUGGAAUUUUCUGUAGUUUAAUUGAAGGGUAUGUUGGUGUUGGUGAUCUAGAAAGUGCCAUUUUGGUUUCUGAUAAAAUGAGAGGGCAACAAUUAGUCCGAUCAUUGUCAUGUUACCAUGCUUUGAUUGAUGUUUUAAUUGAGAGGAGGCAAACUCAAUUAGCAUUCCAAGUUUACUUGGACAUGGUGGAACUGGAUGUCCAUUGGAGUGAUAAGGAGAUGCCUGCUUUUCAGAAUGUUAUAAGAUUACUUUGUGACGAUGGAAGGGUUCAGGAAGCGAGAAAUCUAUUUACGAAGGUUUUAUUGCGAUUCAAGCCUAGCAGUUUAGUUAUUAAUGAGAUUGCUUGUGGAUUAGUGAGAAGAAAGAUUUUGAAGAUUUGCUGAGGUUUUUGGUUGAAUUAAAGUGUGUACCAGAUAUCAUU